UAAAGACACGGCCAUAGUGCUUUACGAUUUAUCAACCGAUUCAGAACUCGUGUAUUGACGUGGUGCUGAGGAAUACUUGAGUAUUUUUGUUAUUUAUACUGCGCAACAUCGACGUUUACCACAGCUCAACCGGAUUUUAAAAGCCGUGGACGUUUGAAAAAACGGGAUAUUUGAAAAAUCGUUUCCCCACAUCAAUAGAUUAAACGUCCCCAAAGGUUUCAGAUCCAUAUCUGACACCACACCUCAUAAAUAUUGGAUGGCUUCUGUAAUAUAAAAAAUUUAUGUUUUCAAUUUAAGUUUUCAAAGCGGAGUCGGAAUGUCCGCGGUGAGGGAGGGCGAGUGGAGGUCCAGUCAGACUCUACAUGCUGAUCAAACGCGCGCUUUCUCCUCAGGUGCGCGAGGGGCUCAGACUCACACGGACCGAUGAUGUUCCCUCAGUCCAAAUUGUAAGGAAAGCCGCUUCUCUGCGUCAGUUUGGUGGGCUAUACUGCACGUGUGACGACUGAGACGAGUGAGACCCAGAUUUUGGAGUCAUUUGAAGACUUAACUCAAACUCCCGAGGAGCUGCAAUGGCAUCGAUCGGGGAGUUUGAUCCGUUAAACAGCAGCGUACCUGCGACCAAAAUAGAGAUCACCGUCUCGUGCAGGAAUUUACUGGAUGCUGAUACCUUCUCAAGGUCAGCACCAGUGGUUGUGUUGUAUGUUCAAGGAAUUGGUACUAAGGAGUGGAGAGAGUUUGGUCGAACAGAAGUGAUUGACAACACUCUGAACCCUGACUUUGUGAGGAAGUUUGUCUUGGAUUACUUCUUUGAAGAAAAGCAGAACCUUCGGUUUGAUGUAUACAAUGUGGACUCCAGAAGCUCAAACAUCUCAAAACAUAAGUCCUUCCUCGGCCAGACUUUCUGCACUCUAGGAGAGAUUAUUGGGUCCACUGGGUCAAGACUCGAGCGGGUGCUUUCGGGGAUUCCUGGGAAGAAAUGUGGGAGCAUUAUCUUCACAGCUGAGGAACUCAGCAAUUGUCGGGACAUUGCAACCAUGCAACUCUGUGCUAACAAGUUGGAUAAAAAGGAUUUCUUUGGGAAGUCUGAUCCCUUCCUGGUGUUUUACCGCAGCAAUGAAGAUGGCACGUUCACUAUCUGUCACAAAACAGAGGUGAUAAAGAAUACUUUGAACCCUGUGUGGCAGCCCUUCACCAUCCCAGUGCGAGCUCUCUGUAACGGAGACUAUGACAGAACAGUGAAGGUUGAUGUUUAUGACUGGGACAGAGAUGGAAGUCAUGACUUCAUCGGAGAGUUUACGACCAGCUACAGAGAGCUGUCUCGCGGACAAAGCCAAUUCAAUGUUUAUGAGGUUCUGAAUCCUAAGAAGAAAGGCAGGAAAAAGAAAUACGUCAACUCUGGCACGGUAACACUUUUGUCCUUCAAAGUGGAAUCGGAGUACACAUUUGUGGACUUCAUUCGAGGAGGAACACAGCUGAACUUCACUGUAGCCAUAGACUUCACCGCCUCUAAUGGAAACCCAUCACAGCCGACAUCGCUCCACUACAUGAACCCGUAUCAGCUGAAUGCGUAUGCCAUGGCCCUUAAAGCCGUGGGGGAAAUCGUCCAGGAUUAUGACAGUGACAAACUCUUCCCUGCCUAUGGCUUUGGAGCUAAACUUCCUCCUGAUAGCAAGAUCUCUCAUGCUUUUCCCCUGAACUCCGACUGUGAGAAUGCAAACUGCGUCGGCAUUGAAGGCGUGCUGGAGGCUUACUAUGACUGUCUCCGGAAAGUGCAGCUCUACGGCCCCACCAACUUUGCUCCUGUCAUCAACCAGGUGGCACAGUGUGCGUCAGAGGUGACAGAUGGCUCUCAAUACUUCGUGCUGUUGAUCAUCACAGACGGUGUCAUUUCCGACAUGGUACAGACUAGAGAAGCUGUGGUCACCGCGGCGUCUCUGCCCAUGUCCGUCAUAAUUGUAGGAGUUGGCCCUGCUGAAUUUGAUGCAAUGGAAGAGUUGGAUGGAGAUGAGGUCAGGGUGUCCUCCAGGGGACGUGCUGCUGAGAGAGACAUUGUCCAGUUUGUGCCAUUCCGGGACUACAUCGACCGAUCCGGGAACCAGGUGCUCAGCAUGGCCCGACUGGCCAAGGACGUACUGGCUGAGAUACCCGACCAGCUGCUGUCGUUCAUGAAGAGCAGAGGCAUUGAACCCAGACCAGCCCUCUCCCCCUCUCCCACACCACAGAUAAACGUCCACCUCUGAUCCCAGAGCAGUAUUUUAUUCUCAAACACAGCUAUAUGUUCACAUUUGAAACCCCCGGGUCUGUCACUGGGGAUGCACCUUUUUACUUUCCGCAUCGGUUAGCAGUAGCACAUAUUGUAGUUACAAUAAUAAUCAACUAAAAUCAGGAACACGUUAAUGUAAGUGUGUGGUGUUAAUCUUUAUAAUCAGCCAGUGAUCAAUCAAAAACACAACAGUUUGUGCUGGCCUUGGAAUGGAAGAUGUGGGAGUAUAAAGGGGGUGGAUUUACUGGAAAGAAAUGUCUAGGCCAUAUUUCCCCCCAAAAUCUAAAGGUGAGAAAAGCAAUAAAAUAAAAUUGUACAUAAAAUACAAUUUACAUGAAUUCAAAUGAACCCCAUAUACAGUUCAUCACCCUAAAAUUAUUUAACUUAUUUACUGAAGUUAUAUUAUACAUUUAUAAUUACAACUAUAUCUAGGAAAAUUGUAUUAAAUUGUCAUGAAAAUAAUGUCAAAAUGAAGAAAGAAAUUAAUAAUCCAUAAAAGAGAUUUCCAGAAUUAUGGUACACUUUGGUAUUUGAUAACUAUUAGACAAAUAUUAUAAUAAAUAAUAACUAUUAGUUUUUACAAAAUUAUUGUAUGACAUAUAAUUUUUUUAUUUUUUUAAUUAUUGAAUAUUUAGAAUUAUUAAUAUUACAUUAAAUAAUAAUUUAUAUUACAUACAUUUUAUUUUUUACCACUUACCUUACAUUUCUAGUGAAAUCAAAAUGCCCUGAUUAAAUUAAAUAUGAUAUUUCAUAUGUUUCAUAUUUUUUUUCUCCUUUUUUUAUUGCUUUAAUUGUUUUUAAGUAAAUAAUUACACUGGUUUUGAUUUGGAUAUGUUGCACAUUCCACAAAUAUAGUACAGUUUAGUAUCAAAUGACUUUUUAAAAAACUUUUGAGAAAUUUAGACUGUGUUGAAAUAUCAUCUGGACAUUUCUUACUAAAAUUUCUGCAGGAACACGAGACUCUUUUCUCACACCUGGCAGAGACAGACGGAGCGUGUGGUUGCACAGGCUGUGCUGUACGCUGAAAUACCCAACAACGCAUGCACAGGUCACCUUUAACAUCAUCAUCUUUACAUAUUUCAUGUCGUUUCUUAGGCUAAGAUAAUUUUCUCAUUUUUUUCACUGGCUGAAUUAGUUGCGCCUGCACACUCUUGAGUGUGUAAAUAUUUUCUAAUUUGUGCCCGAAUUUGAAAGGAGCUAAUAAGUAGCUACAUGUGGCAGAAAAACAGAUGCCUGUGCGGGAACAUUGACGCACUCGGAGUCUUCCGCACAACUCGAGUGGAUGCAGCUAAUUACCUGCAGAAACAGAGGUGCCAAUCAGUGCAAUUCAACCAGAGAGAGGAAGAUUGAGGGAAGAAAUAUCCAGAGUGUAAUCAGCAGAGGUUAAUGGGCACAGGAGAUAAGCAGGCGUAUGGUGUGACAAACAUAAAUCAGAUGAUCAGCAGAACUACAUGAAAAGGGGUUGAUUUUUUUAAAUGCAGGGACAAAGGUGGAUUUUACAGGUGAAUCUCAUGGAGAAACGUCUGGGUCAUACUUUAUCCCAAAUCGAAAAAGGACCAAUAAGAUUUCAUGUAUUGUGACAUUUUUAUGACAUUUCUUCCUCUCUUCCUUAUUCUCAUGACUAUAACUUCUCAAUACAGUUAAAUGACCAGACCCAAUUAUUAUUAUUAUUUUUUUAAAGUCAGCUAAAAUUCAGUACAUUGAAUGCUAUCUUUAUAUACACUUGCAAUUGCACUUUAAAAAUAUACUUUAUAAUUUAAAUUAGGUAUGCACUAUACUGUAUAUUGGUACCUUAAUGAUUACUGGUUAAUGUUGAAUAUUUAAUUGUACAUCCUUUUUUUGUGCAUUUCAAUUACUUUUGGUUUUUCUUAUGCUCACCUAAAGUUUAUAUAAAAAAACACUAAUUAAAACACUAAUCUGUCUGUCUUCAACUAAUAUAUAAUUAAAUAUCUAUUUUUCAGAUUGUACAUUAUAAGUGUUUACAAUGUUGUGAUGCCUAAAUUCACUUGUAGCAUUUACAAUUAUUUUAUUUUUAUUAAGUGUUUUAUUUUGAAUGCAUUUAGACAAAAUAUUUUAGAAUUUUAGUAUCAAUAUCGGUUUAAUAUAUAAGUUAUCGGCUAUAACAUGUAAAUUAUUAUUUUUAAAUAGUAAAAAAAUUAUAGUUAACUGGUUUAUAGCUAAUUUAAAAAAAAUGCGUAUUUAAAUUAAUAUGCUCCUAACAGGAAUAAAAUAAUGUCACGAUGCAAAAAACACAAUUGUCCUAAAUAUAGCUUGUUUUUUCCCCCUACCUUUUGAAUUGGGGAUGACGCAUGACCUGGACAUUUCUUGAUCUUUUUGUGGGGUUCACCUUUGCGUACACUGCCAUGUUGAAAAUUUCUUUCCAAAAAUUGAUUGUAGACUCACUGAAUGUUUGCCGAGAUUGUAACAUUCCGGUAGAAUCUUUUAUUUUUCCAUUGUUUCAUUUUGCUGUACAUAAUGAAUAGUGCAAUAACCUUUGACAUGCAUUAUUGCAUCUCACCACAAUUUAUGGCUGUAUUUCCAUCACAAACCUUGUUGCUGUGAUCAAAAUAUUGCUUCAGAUACUUUCCAGUUGAAUACUGUUUUCCCCAUAUUUAUAUAUACUAUAAUCUGUCGGAAAUGUUCUAAAUGUUGCUCAACUGUAGAUGAUAUUUGUUCCAUAGUUAAGACAGACAUAGUAAACAGCUGCUUGUGCCAAAGUGCUACCAUGUAAUACAUUCCUGCCAAGGUUGAGUAUCGAUUUGUGUGAGGAAAAGAUCUUCCUUUUAUAUCUCUUUGUCGUGUUUUUAAUAAAGCAUGAGCGUCUUGUGUUGA